CCGCAGUCCACGAACCCCAACUUCAAUAGAUCAGCCACCAUCCCCUAGCGAGUACCUUUCCAAUUCUUAUCGCGUUUACUCUCAGAACCUGAUCCUUUCCGUGUAUAUCCCAUCGCUCACCGCCAAUGGAUAGCCCCCUCCUUUCCCCCGCCAAAGCGCGACAAGCAGCCAUCCAGGCGAAAGAUUGGGCCUAUGUCAACUCCUGGCUAAGUCGCCAAUAUGCUCCGAACCCAGUGCCCACAUUCGAACGCAAUGAAGAUACACUACGGACAUUACUUGCCCUAGCGGCAGCCAACGACACCGCCGACGAGGAAGCGUCCCUCCUACACCAGGCACGCGAACAAGCUGUGCAGGGAUUCAAAGCGCGCGAAGAGACAGAAGAGAAACAGAAGAAGGAGAUACUCGACGAGUUGGAAUAUUGCCUCGAUGAUAGGGGUGAACAGGAUCUAGACGAUCUAGCGAAAUCGGCUGCGGCAUUGGGUGCUCUGAACGCGGAGGCGGGACACCUGGGUCAAUCCGUACUCGAACUGACGAAGGAGGAAUUUGGCGCGCAAGACCAGCUGGCCAAGGUGGAUAUGCUACAUGAUUAUUUGCAGAGGGAAUUGGAGGCGCUGCGCCGGCAACUGGAUGAACUAAGGUCUGAUCCGGCGUAUGAAGUUCCGGCUGAUCUCCCGGCUAUGACGGCUGAGUGGACGAAAGGCACGAAGGCUCUCGCUGCUAAAGUUGGUGAAUAUCAGGAUAGGGUUGCUGCUUUGAAAAGAAAUCAAAGUAAAGGGCCUACGUUGGGUGAGGUGCUAGCAGAGGAGGAAGACGUCAAGAAGCUUAUGAAUACGGUCAGGAACUUGGAACAUCGGGUUCAACUGUUCCAAGACCUUCCUACAGACAUCCAAGGGGCGCGGGCUAAGUAUCGGGAGUUGUUAGGGGAACUCAACGAGCUUACCCAGGAACGAGACUCGAAGCUUGGUCAAUCUAUACGGGGAAAGUGAAAUGGUUCAGAAUAUUAAGUUCUGAUU